UUUGAAACUAAUUAAAGUGUAGAAAUUCAAAGAUUCACUUCUGUAGAUAUCCUAUUAUUAGCACUGCAAUGGCAACAAAACAAUGCCAAAACAUCUUCUUAGUUGUAGCCUCUCUUUUAAUUAUGUUAGUCAAUUUGAUUCCUCAUGUACUGUGUCGUCUUCUUGACGAUGAACUAAUCAUGGUUAAUAGGCAUGAGGAUUGGAUGACCCAACAAGGACGCGUUUACAAGGACGCAGAAGAGAAGGCAAGACGAUUCAUGAUCUUCAAGGACAACUUGAGAUACAUAGAUGAGUUUAAUGAUGGACUGGAUCGCGGAUUUAAACUGGGUUUGAAUCAAUUUGCAGAUAUAACCAAUGAAGAGUUCCGCGCCACGCAUACUGGCUACAAAAGCUCAUCCUCCAAAUUGACAUUCACAUCAUCUAAAAGCAAGCCUUUUAGGUAUGCAGAUGUAACUGCCGCUCCAACUGCCAUGGACUGGAGAAGUAAAGGUGUUGUCACUGGUGUCAAAGACCAAGGCAGCUGUGGAUGUUGUUGGGCAUUUUCAGCGGUGGCGGCUAUUGAAGGGAUCACUCAGCUCAAAACUGGCAAAUUAAUAUCCCUAUCAGAGCAACAGCUUGUAGACUGUGAUAUAUACGGAGUGAAUCAAGGAUGUGAAGGAGGACUGAUGGACAAUGCAUUCCAAUUCAUUAAACGCAACGGCGGCCUAACGACUGAAUCUAGUUACCCUUAUGAAGGAAUUGAUGGCACUUGCAAUACCCAGAACGCAAAGAAGGUUGCAGCCACUAUAUCCGGCUACGAAGACGUGCCAGUGAAUAACGAAAAGGCUCUGUUGCAAGCAGUGGCUAAUCAGCCGGUUUCGGUUGCAAUUGAAGGCAGCGGAAUGAGCUUCCAGUUUUACUCAAGUGGGGUUUUUACUGGUGAUUGUGGAACAAAUCUAAAUCAUGCUGUUACUGCCGUUGGAUAUGGUACUAGUUCUAGUGGGGUUAAGCAUUGGUUGAUUAAGAAUUCUUGGGGAACUGGAUGGGGCAUGAAUGGUUACAUGAUGAUACAGAGAGAUGUUAGUGACAAAGAAGGUCUUUGUGGACUUGCCAUGAAAGCUUCUUAUCCGAUUGCAUGAAGGUGAAAGAAUUCAAAAGAAGGUGCUAGACUGAUGAUGGAGUGGUACAUACAUCAGAUUCCAUUAUGUGCCAAUAUCAAGUUAUUGUUGUGAAAGUAGAGUUGAAAUAAGUAUUAAGUGUGUAAUUGAGUGUGAGAGUGACUUGCAUUAAAAUGAAGUUAAAGUUAAAAUGAAGAAGUGUACAGAUUGUGUGUUAAUUCUUCAUGUAAUUGUACAUACAAAGUUUCAAACUGUAAAGGAAAUAAAUAGGUGUGUUUAAUAUUAACUGUUAUCUAGGGUU